AUGUCUGAAAAUUUGGGAUUGGUUAUCCGGCACAUACGCCUAGCAGAAAAGGCUGAACUUCAAUUGAAGAUAGCUAAAGAUGCAUUCCAAGCUUCUCAUCCAAUUCCUCCUCCUAUUCAUUCUCUGAAAAUUUCAUCCGUUGAAGAUGGUCCUACAACAACAAAACUAGACAACCUACUUGAGGAACAUUUGAUCUCUCCUCCCUUGGAACUAUUCAUCAGUCCAAUCGGGCAACAAGUGAUCUUAUUUACCAUCCCUGCAAAUCCUCAUGCCAAAGGAAAAAGCAAAGGAAUCUCCUACCAAUCUGAGAUGUGA